CCGGCCGACGCGCGCAUCGCUUUUGGCGCAGUAAUUUUUCACUAACACAGCAUCGAAUCGACAUGAUCAGCUAAUCCAGGCCCGCUACUGUACUUUUUGUCUCUUCUUGACCCUUUGCGACGCGUGUUCUUCGCCUUCGAUUGUCCGACCCUGUUGCCGCCGCACAAACAGCUACCAGAUUCGACAUGACGGCCGCCCGUAGCAAAGUACCCGCCAUUGGGUCAGCGCAAUGGAUUCUCGAAGAGCGACACCAGUCGAAUGAUCUCGUCUCACAAGAAUUGGAGGAUUUUGGCUUCUCUGUGCGCAAUGAGCUGGAGUGGCUUAACGAACACAUGACGGAUAUCUGUGCCAAAGAUGGGCAACACAACCUAGACGUAUUCAAGACACCUGGGAAAUUACGUGGCAAGACGCCUCACACAACACGCAAGAGGACCGUUGCCGAGCCUCGACAGCCUCUUGCAAACCUGUUUGCAGGAGACCUGCAACUGCGCACAACACCUGCCGAGCAAAGCUUACAGGAGAUCGCCCAGAGAAGCACAGUCAAGUCAAAAUUCCAAAUCGCCGAGGACACAGAGAACGAAGCUCCCGUCCAGUCUCCCAAACCACCGACUCCUGUAGCGCGCCAGCUCUUUUUGAAAACAUCGAGCAAUGGCAAAGAGAACCCUGUCGACAGCUUCGAUCACGAGUUCUCAGAUGAGCGCUCACCGCCCCAGCCUGCUCCAGCGCAAUGGGCAUCGUUCGAGACACAAGGCACAGCUUUCAGCUCACAAGCUGACGACGUCUUCUCACCACCACGCACCCAAACGACACAAGCAACGCAAUCGUUUAGAUACUCGAUGCACGAUCUGGAGGACGAAGAAGUCGAGGGGAAGGAUGCGCCGGAGGACUCGUUCGUCUCGGCGAAUGACGCAUUUGGCAGCAAAACCGCGUCGAACGAGAAUUUGCGCGAACAAGCAGAGCUUAACGACGCGCUCCUUGACGAAGACUUCCAGGAGGAUUUACGGACAGAAAGCCGCGGCACCGUUGUACAUCACGACAUUGAUGUUGCAGAAGGCGAUGAGGAUGAAGACGAUGACAUGCAUGACAUCUCGCAUUUCCCAAAGCCUCCUCGCGUUGUAUCCGACUCCUACAGCAUCGGUGCAGAAACACACGAAGCCCUCGAUACCGCGAACCGACGAGCCCACACACCUGAGCCAAAGAUGCUCUGUGAUCUCGCAGAAAUCGAUCAUUCACACGCACCGGCCGGCUCUCCACCAGCUUCCCCCGAGCAUGUCGCACAUGAUGACACUAUAGUACACCACGAUGUUGAUGAUGAGAUGGAGGUCGACGAGGAGCCUACGCCAUCAGAGCACUCGAGCCCUGUGAAGCCACUAGUUAGGAAGAGUAGUCUCACAUUCGCCUGUCUGCCCGCUCGCGAGCCUAUCCUUCCCAAGAAGAGCAUGGGACGAACAAGUCAGAUUAGGCACACUGGAGGCAAGAGCCUUGGGGCUUCGCAGAUCGUACAGCCAGUGGAGUCGCAACAUGACGGUCCUAUAGACAUGGACGAGGAUCGACCUGCGUUGCAGCGCGAGGAGUCGGAGACAACGAAGACGCACAACAAGACAUCCACACAGCGCUUGUUUGAGCGCUUCCAGAUGCUUGAGCAGCACGCACCGCCGAAACGAAUCAGCCAGAAUAUCCUAUCCCAAUCCUCUCGGCCUUCGGUGUACCCUGCUACGGCCUCACAGCCGAAGGAGGUUGCGCCAUCCGCGCACACAUCGCAGUCGGAGCCUUCGUACCCCACUCUUCCAGCUGAACCCGAAAGGGAAGAGGCAGAGGAGGAUGACGAUGAUUCCUGGAUUGCAGCACCGACUAAGACAGCAGCGCUCGUUGCCAACCCACUUAGGCCUCCAAUCAACAAGAGCCACACUGUGGCUACUCACUCUUCGCCGCAUAAGUUGAAGCCGUCGCCAAUCAAGCUGAUAGCGACAUCCAACCCUGAUCUCUCAGCAGCUGCGGAUUCGACCACCCCGGUUGGCUCCCCAGCUGGUAAGAAAUACAUGGAUGCCCCUCUCAGUGCGUCAAAGGCUAAAUUCUACUCAGCUCUUCGCGCAGCGAAGGACAAGCUCAUCGGUUCUACUACCACCAGUGCGCAGGUCAAGCUCGAUGCUCUCUCUUCUAGCCCUAUGCGACCGAAAUUGCAGGCUGCGGUCUCGUCAGACGAUCUUCCUAGCAGCCCUAAACGAGCUGAAAGGCCAAUCUCGAUCUUUUCUCAUAUGCGGUCACCAUCGAAAGACUCUGUCAAGUCCGCCAAAUCUACGAAGUCUGCAAAGUCUACAAAAUCAGAUAAGGCAGCUGAGGCGCCAAGCAGCCCAGUCAAGGAACGCAAGACCCGCAGUUCGACCGAGCGUGAGAAGGCCAAGGAACGAGACGCACGUGAGAAGGAGAUGCUGCAGAAGCAGAAGAGCGAGGACAAGCUCAGGGAGAUGCGCGAGAAGGAGCAGUUCAAGGCUGCGGCGUACCACAAGAAGACUGCAUCGGCGGCGAUUGCGAAGACACCCUCCCAGAUGUCGUCUCAGACCAGUCUUAAACCGGCUCCAUCUGUUAACACCGCACCCAAGCCAGCGCCUCGUUCUGACCCCAUGCGAUUGAAUUUGGCUCCGAAGGAUCAAGGAACUGAUUCUGCUGAUGAGAUGCCACCGCCACCCCCGCCGAAGAGCUUGCUCCCUACGUUCCCAACAACGAAGGCCAGGCCGCCCAAGAAGCUUGUUAAGCCGAACAGCAAAGACGCGCCUUCGAAACCACAAGAGCCGCAAAAGAUCUUCAUCAAGAAUCAGUAUGCUCGGGCCCCUCCUCCAGCUGCCCGCCCGGCCCCCAUGACCACAAAAUCGACCGGCCCUUCGACGCUCGGAAAAUCCACUUCCUCCAAACCAACCGCAGCUACACUUUCAAGGCCUGGCACCGCUAUGGCGAAUAAGGUCGCGUCAUCAGCAAAGUCAGCACCGAACACAAUAAAGGCGCCUCCUAAGGCAAAUCGACCCCAACCACAGAUUACUGCGAGCUUCGAGAAGUCGAAGCCCCAAGCACCCCAGCCUCGUGCGGAUCUCGCAGCUGCCCGAGCUCCUACAACCUUGAGGACUGUUCAGGACGCAAACUCGAUCCGCGUACCUCCAGUCAAUACAGCCAAACCUCCCAAACGAGCGCCCGAAAACGAUACCGAGAACGCCCAUCGUCCACCCACCAAACGAGCACUCGAGAAUGACACCGAGACCAUCCAGCGUCCACCCAAACGCCCCUCUCAACUCAAACAGAACCCCAUCACACCCGGACACCCCUCACAGUACGCUAAGGGCAGGAUUCCUGGUCUUGACUCUGCACGGACAUCGCACUCGAAGCCCAUCCAGCCCUCUAUCCAGUACCUCAACGGCGACGACAUCAAGCUACCCGAGAUCAUGACCGAUUCCGAGGACGAAGACUCAGACAAUGAGUUCGAGCAACCCUCGUGGGUCAACACACCCAACCUGCGCGAAAUGCUUUCCACACAACAACUCAUGGACCCCGAAGCUAUCUUCGGCCCCAUCGCGCCGCUCAACAUGGAGCAAGUGUUCCCGAACAAGGAGAGGCACAAGAGGUUCCGCGAGAGGACAUCAAGCGCCUACUGGGUGCACGAUCAGGUCACAGAUGAAGAGAAGAGGAAGGAAAGGGAGGCGAGGGAAAGGCUCGUGCGCGAGGGGGCAUGGACAUACAAUCCGUCUCCAAGGCCGACGCCGAGAGCGGGCCCGAGUCACUGAGUGUGACCAUAUGAACUAGAGAGCUUGUAGAUACGACGAUAUUGUUGGCGUUGGAGGGUAAUGCUUGUCACAUUGCGACUUGUGUCUGUUGUUUUGCUUUUGGCGUUGGGGCACAGUACAGCACAGCAUCAACCUACGAUAUGGUUGCGUAUGAUGGCAUGGC